UAGAAAUAUAAAAUAUACUAAUAAACAGUAUUUACACUGUGGACGAACUAACUGGAAACGAUAGAAGCUAAUACAUUGAAAUAUAAUACAAGAAAACAGAAAAGGGAUAAGUAUAAACUUGCAUAGCUUUCCACUUACACAUACACAGGAAAGGUAAAUUUAACGAUGGCUGGAAACUCUAAAAAUCCAUUCGCUGAAGAUAUGAAGGAAGCAGAAGACAAAAGUGGCGAAACUGAAAAUGAAACCAAGAAGCCGGAUAAAGUAUCAAUCUUUCAAUUGUUUCGCUUUGCAACAAAGUUGGAUAUAUUCAUCAUGAUAGUUGCAACUAUUAUGUCUGUUGCACAUGGAAUGGUACUAGUUGUGUUCGUAAUUGUAUUUGUCGAUAUGGCAAAGAAAUUAUCUGAUUCACAUUCAGUUGUAGAAAGGAUAUGCGAUUUCAAUGAUACCGUUCCUGAUGAAGUUGUACUCGAUGAGAUAAGCGAUAAUUGUUAUCAAUUUGUAGCCUUAGCAGGUUCAGUAUUUAUCGCAAGCUUUGGUAAUGCCCUCUGGAGAAUUACCUCAGAGAGACAAAUGCUUUGCAUGAGGACAAAUAUUAUGAGAAGCAUUUUGCGGCAAGAUCUAUCGUGGUUCGACAAGUAUACCCCUGGAAUGUUAAUCAGCUAUCAGGCAGAAUCGAUUACCACAAUCUCUCGUGGCCUUGGAAGCUCUUUUAGCACCUUGGUUCAAACAGCUUCUGGAAGUAUUGGGGCUAUAAUAGUUGGAUUUUGCUAUCAAUGGAAAGUGACAUUAGUCCUGCUUUCAGUUAUUCCUUUAGUAAGUUUAACAACUCUCGCCAUAAAUAAGGCAGUAAAACAUUCGGCUCAUAAAGAAAACCUUGCAUAUGAAGAAGCUGGCGGUAUGACUGAGGAAAUAAUCAGUUCUAUUAAAACGGUUGUAGCUUUUGGUGGUGAAAAGAAAGAAACUCUACGGUAUGAAAGUCUGUUAGAUACAGCCAGGAAAGCAGGUGUGAUGAAAGGUGUCGUUACUGGUGCAGCUACUGGUAUGUUUUGGUGCAUAAUUUAUUGCUUCUUUGCCUUAGGAUUCUGGUACAGUGACAAACUUGUUCGCGAUGAUGAUGCUGAUAUGAAUGAUGUGCUAAUUGCUGUGUUUUCUGCUGUUUUGGGCAGUUUUACUUUAGGUACUGCAGCACCUGCCUUUCAAAGUCUUUCAUUGGCUCAAGCAGCCGCUCCACCGAUUUUCAAAAUUCUGGAUGAGGAACCUUCUAUUGAUAACUUAUCAACAAGUGGUUUACAAGCAAAUGAUGUGGAAGGUGAAAUUAUUUUCAAGAAUGUUUCCUUCAGAUACCCUUCUCGGCCUGAUAUUCUCAUUCUGUCUGAUGUAAACUUUACUGCCAAAUCCGGCCAAACUAUCGCUUUGGUUGGAGCCAGUGGUUGUGGAAAGAGCACAGUAAUACAGUUGCUUCAACGUUUUUAUGAUACACUCGAUGGAAUGAUAUUAAUAGGUGGUAAAAGUAUAAAAGAAUAUAACGUGGAGUCACUGCGUAAGUUAUUCGGUGUAGUAAACCAGGAAGCUGUUUUGUUUGGAACUUCUAUAAAAGAGAAUAUUCGUAAUGGUGAUGAGAAAGCAACAGAUGAUGAUAUAAUUGCAGCGGCGAAGGAAGCUAAUGCGCACAACUUCAUUUCACAACUUCCAGAGAAAUACAAUACAUUAGUUGGUGAAAGAGGAACUCAACUGAGCGGAGGCCAGAAACAAAGAAUCGCUAUUGCACGUGCUUUAGUUAGGAAACCACUGUUUUUGUUGCUUGAUGAAGCGACUUCAGCCCUAGACACCGAAAGUGAAAGGAUUGUGCAGCGUGCACUUGACGAGGCACGGAGUGGUCGCACUACAUUAGUCGCUGCUCACAGAUUAUCAACAAUUCAAUCAGCAGAUAUGAUUUUAGCUUUCAAAGGUGGAGUAAUUGUUGAGAGAGGAACCCACGAAGAAUUAAUGAAACAAGACGGAAUUUAUUCUUCACUUGUUAUGGCACAGAGACUCAGCACUGAAGAAGAUGAGAAGACGGAAAAAGACAGCGCAUCCAAACAUCCACUUGUAAAAGCGAAAUCACUAUCAUUGGAUGAUGAUGGAGAAACAGAAGAUGAAGCAUCCUUAGAAGAGGAAAAGAAUCUACCAGAAGUAGGUACUAUGAGUAUUUUGAAAAUGAACAAACCAGAAUGGCAUUACAUUCUCAUAGGAGUUAUUGCUUCUUCCAUACUUGGUGCCAUCCUACCAGCCUAUGGAUUAUUACUUGGUGAAGUUAUACAUCAUAUAGGAGGUGAUAAAGAUGAAAUUCACAAGUUCUGCUUGCUGUUUGCUUUAGCUGGUGUAAUGUCCUUCAUUCUUUAUUUAAUACAGUAUUCUAUGUUUGGAAUAUCUGGUGAAAUGCUAACUAUGAGGAUACGGUCCAGAUUAUUCAAGUCCAUUCUACAUCAGGAAAUGUCAUGGUUUGAUGAUAAAAAUAAUAGUACUGGACAUUUGUGUACACGAUUAACAGUUGAUUCUUCACGAGUAAAAGGAGCUAGUGGAGUAAAGCUUGGAUUGUCGGUACAGAUUCUUGGACAUAUGCUAACAGCAGUGAUUUGUUGUUUUAUAUAUGAAUGGCGCUUAGCGUUACUUGUUUUCGCUUUCGUCCCGGUUAUGGUAUUUGCUUCUGCACUUGAACAGAAAAUGUUUACCAACUCACUAAGUCAGAAAUCUGAGUUGCUGGAGGAAGCAAUAAAUCUAUCAUCAGAAGUAUUUCAUAAUAUCAAAACCGUAUUGUCAUUGUCUCUUGAGAAGAUGUUUUAUGAAAGAUGUUUGAUCCAAUUAUAUGCUAACAGCGAAGAGAACAUGAAAUCAACUUAUAAAACUGGAGUAACUUUUGCCAUGUCUCAAUCUAUCAUUUAUCUAUAUUACGCAUGUAAUUUCUAUGUUGGAAGUGUAUUGAUCUCAAAAUGUCAUAUGAACUACGUGGAAGUAUUCAAAAUAUUAUGUGUAAUAAUUAUUGUGAUGAUAAUAAUUGGACAACAGGCUUCAUUAAUCCCAGAUGUGACAGAAGUAUCAGUUUCUGCAGCAAGAAUAAUGAAUUUGCUUGAUCAAUUGCCUGCAAUUGAUAUGUAUUUAGAAAAAGGAGACAAACCGGAUAGUUUUAAAACAAAUAUCCAGUUUAAAGGCGUUGAGUUUCGUUAUCCAAGCCGUCCAAAUAUAAACGUUCUCCAAGGUUUGAAUCUUGAUGUCAACCAAGGUGAAACAAUUGGUCUCGUUGGAGAAAGUGGUUGUGGAAAAAGUACUUGUAUGCAGUUAAUUGAAAAGUUUUACAAACCAGAAACAGGAUCAGUGCUUCUAGACGGCAAAGAUCUAAACGAUUUAAAUACUUCAUGGCUUCGUCAACAGCUUGCUAUUGUCUCUCAAGAACCAGUUCUAUUUUCCUGUUCAAUCCAAGAAAAUAUUGCUUAUGGAGACUUGUCCCGAAUGGUGACAUUCGAUGAAAUUGUCAAUGCUGCUCAACAAGCAAAUAUUCAUUCUUUUAUAGAUUCUCUACCUGAGGGUUAUGCAACUAAAGCUGGAGGGAAAGGGUCGCAGCUAAGCGGUGGACAGAAACAGCGAAUUGCUAUUGCUCGAGCAUUAGUAAGAAAUCCUAAAAUACUGCUUCUGGAUGAGGCAACAUCAGCUCUUGAUACUGAAAGCGAAAAGGUUGUUCAAGAAGCUCUCAAUAAAGCAAGAAAAGGUCGCACGUGCCUAGUUGUUGCACACAGGCUCUCAACGAUUAAGGAUUCUGACAAAAUUGCUGUAAUAGUUGAAGGUAAAGUGCAUGAAAUUGGAACACAUACUGAAUUAGAGCAAAACAAAGGUGUUUACUAUAAUCUACUCACCAAUCAAAAUCUUUAAUCAAUAUCUAAUUUCACUAAAUGUUGUGUCUUGAAAAACCUGAAACAUCACAUUGUAAAUAUUACGUACAAGGGAGGCAGUUUUAGUGUUCAAAAAGAUUGUUUAAUCGAUGUUUGAAUAACAAAUAAAGAGUCACUCGUGCAUA